AACAUUGAAAGGCCGUAUUUGUUGAACCAAAACAGCCCAUUUCAAUUCUUCAUCCAAUCGGCGCAGAGAGAGAGAGAGCAAGCUCCAAUGGCGUCAAAAUUUCAAGCUCUAUGGAAUCAUCCAGCUGGUCCUAAAACCAUUCAUUUCUGGGCCCCGACCUUCAAAUGGGGAAUUAGCAUAGCCAAUCUUGCUGAUUCUAGUAAGCCCCCAGAGAAAGUUUCAUAUCCCCAGCAAAUCGCUGUCACAGCUACUGGAGUUAUUUGGUCGCGUUACAGCACUGUUAUCACUCCUAAGAACUGGAAUCUUUUUAGUGUGAACAUUGUAAUGGCAGGUACAGGCAUUUACCAGCUAACGCGAAAAAUUCGGCACGAUUAUUUCAAUGACGACCAAGCUGCUGUGGCCAAAGAAUGAGCACAACUGCGGCGAAAUUCACCCCCUCUGUUUCCGUUUCAUAAUAAUCCCGGGCUCUGAUCCUAUCUUGUACUUAUAUAAUAUGUUCCUGAUACUAACAUAUAUUUACAAGAAUAUUUCGAAAGCUUAUUCUGAAAAUAUGAUGCUUAGAAUGUCAACAUUGUCAUUUGUCAUCUUAAUUGGAAAUAGUUAGUGACUGUGUUUCCCCUGA